GCAACAACCAAGUAACAGUUACUUAAAGAUCGUUGAAGGUAUUGUAAGCAACCUUAAGUAAUGAGAUCGAUUAAUAAAAUUGAAAAUAAUAACGGAAACGGAAAUCGAUAUAGAAAAUAAAAAAAAAAGAAUUUUUUUUCUAAAGUUAAUAUAAAAAAUAUAUUUUAAAUUUUCUUAGCAAAAAUAAUAACAGCAAAAAUGUCCGAUCGUUUUCAAAUCUUGAAAGUGAACAAUAAUACUAUCGACAAUAAUUACAACAACGACAAUAACAAUAGCAUAACAACUAUUAGCGAAAAUAUAAACAACCGCAAUGGAAGUAACAUUGAGUCGGCGGCGGAGGCUCCACCGCUUCCACACUCGUCAUUACCCCCGCAAGCUACACGCCGUAAGAGCUCCCGAUUUUUUGGUAAUCUUCUACGCUCAAAGCAAAGCCAAAGUGCCUCCGAUCGUAAAUACAGUUUGGCUCAGUUGACUCAAGAAGCCCUACCCCGUUUAGAUAACUACAGAACAUCAAAACGUAACCUGAAGCGGCCUUCCAUAGGCCAAUUACAUUGUGAAACUGUGCAGGAAGAGACUCAAAUAACAAUGCCUGACUUGUCCGCCCACGAGACGGAUGGUGUUGGUCAUCACAUCAAGUUGGGGUGGAUCGUAGGCGUUAUGAUACCAUGUUUACUGAACAUAUGGGGUGUUAUGCUGUUCCUUCGUCUAUCGUGGGUUGUAGGAGAAUCAGGCAUAUUGCAAACAUUGGGCAUUAUAACAAUAUCGGCGAUAGUGUGUGUAAUCACCACUCUAUCAUUAUCCGCAAUUAGCACCAAUGGUGAAGUAAAAGGUGGUGGUGUGUAUUUUAUCAUAUCACGUUCCUUAGGACCAGAAUUUGGAGCUUCAGUGGGAGUGGUCUUUGCCUUUGCUAACGCGGUGGCAGCAGCCAUGAACACCAUUGGUUUUUGCGACGCUCUUAACGCCGUAUUAAGGGCGCACGGUCUUAAAAUUGUUGAUGGUGGCAUUAACGAUGUACGCAUAGUUGGCGUAUGCACUAUCGUAAUUUUAAUAAUGAUUUGUUGUGUCGGCAUGGAAUGGGAGACCAAAGCCCAAAAUUUUCUUAUCGUUACCAUUGUUUUGGCUAUCGGAAAUUUUUUAUUGGGAGCAGCCAUAGGGCCGAUGGGCAAUGAGGAAGAAAUAGCUGAAGGAUUUGUUGGCUUUUCUUGGCCGACUCUAAAAGAAAAUCUGCUUUCGGAUUACCGCCGCUCGGAGGGUGUCGAUCAAGAUUUCUUCAGUGUGUUUGCAAUAUUUUUUCCAAGUGUUACGGGUAUUCAAGCCGGGGCUAAUAUUUGUGGUGAUCUGAAGGAUCCCGGUGAUGCUAUACCAAAGGGCACUUUUUGGGCUUUGCUUUUGUCCAUGAUUUCGUACGCCAUAUUCGUUAUAUUUGCUGGAGGUGCCGCGGUACGAGAUGCCUCUGGCAAUAUCGACGAUUUGGUGAAUGGUACUUUAGUGGGUUCACAGUUGGCGUGCAAAUUCAAUAAUACAUGUAAAUACGGAUUAUCCAAUUCAUAUGAAGUUAUGCAGCUAAUCUCAUUGUGGGGCCCUUUAAUUUAUGCUGGUUGUUUCGCGGCGACACUCAGCACUUCGUUAACAAAUCUUUUGUCGGUACCGCGCUUGGUGCAAGCUUUGGGUAUUGACAAAAUCUAUCCAGGUUUGAUAUUCUUCUCUAAACCUUACGGAAAACACGGAGAACCUUAUAGAGGUUACGUGCUGACGUUCCUAAUAUCAGCCGGCUUUUUGUUAAUCGGUCAAUUGAACGUUAUAGCUCCCUUGAUUUCUACUUUUUAUUUGGCUUCAUAUGCUUUAAUAAAUUUCUGUACAUUUCAUGCGGCAUCAGUAAAGCCUUUAGGAUGGAGACCAACAUUUAAGUAUUACAACGCUUGGCUGAGCCUAUUCGGUUUCGUUCUUUGCAUUGCCAUUAUGUUUUUAAUUGACUGGAUGUCUUCUCUCAUCACCUUAGUAAUCAUCUUUGCUUUAUAUCUUGUGGUAGUGUAUCGAAAGCCGGAAGCGAAUUGGGGUUCUUCUACUCAAGCGCAACAAUACAAAGCUGCCUUAACCGCAGUACACCGUUUACAAAACGUUUCGGAUCAUGUAAAAAAUUAUGCUCCUCAAGUAUUGGUAUUGGCUGGAAAUCCUAAAGAUCGUCCUCCGCUUAUUGACUUUGGUCAUUUGCUAACGAAGCACAAUUCUUUGAUGUUUGUAGGAAAUGUUUUAACGAAAAGUAUCGGCUAUAAAAAACGUAAACAACAAAUUAAAGAAGGACAACAAUAUUUGAAUGCCCGAAAGAUCAAAGCCUUUUACAAUAUCAUUGACGGUUUCGCGAUGGAGGACGGUGUCAAAGCUUUGAUUAAAACGAGCGGCUUUGGCAAAUUAACACCUAAUAUUGUGAUAAUGGGUUAUAAAGCCAACUGGUCACGGUGUAGUCGAGAAGAAGUUGAAUGUUAUUUCAAUAUUUUGUAUAACGCUUUCUCUUUACGUAUGGGCGUGGCUCUAUUGCAUUUACCUACUGGUAUAGAUUUUUCAGAUCUAAACCCGGAAAUAUGUUACGCUUCCUUUGAUAAUGUUCUAAGUCACAUCAACACACCUAAUGCAAAAGGUUUCGCAAAUCUUCUAAUGCCUCCCGGUAAUGCUGCUGCUGAUUUGCUGCAUGUAGACUCCAAUUUGAACUUAGCAGCUUUGGAUAGUCCCAAUUCUACCUCAACUAUACCCCAACCCGCUCCUAUGCCCAAUAUGUCUCCUGCCGUCAAAAAUUAUAAGAUCAAUCAUGACGAUACUGUAACCUAUUUAACAAAGGGCGGUUCAGAAGUACCGAAAAAUAUUUUAGAUGCUUUAACUGUAUUCACACGCAAGCAACCCAAGAACACAAUUGAUGUGUUCUGGUUGUACGAUGAUGGUGGUCUGACUAUGUUGCUUCCUUACAUUAUAUCUAUGCGUUCCAAUUGGCAACAUUGUAAAUUGCGCGUUUUCGCCUUAUCUCAUGGCAAAGACGAAGAAAUGGAAGAGAAGAACAUGGCAAGUUUAUUAACCAAAUUCCGCAUUAAAUAUUCAGAGCUGAUCAUGCUUAAAGGUCUGACCGAAUCUCCGAAACCGGAAACAUUGCUGAAACAUAACCGUUUUAUCGAUUACUACAACAGUAAUGUAGCAAACGAAUAUGAUCGUAUUACAAGCGGUGAAUUGCAAACAAUGGAAGUGAAAACCAAUCGACAGUUACGUAUACACGAACUGAUUGUAGAACAUUCUUCAGAUACGGCUUUAAUAGUUAUGUCUUUACCUAUGCCAAGAAAGGAAGCAAUUUCUGCCCCUUUGUAUUUGUCCUGGUUGGAAAUGUUAACGAGCGAUAUCAAAUGUCCUCUAGUAUUGGCUAGAGGCAAUCAAACACCUGUACUGACUUUCUAUUCCUAAAGUAACGUUAUUUUU